UCUCGCAAGAGAUUUUGCAGCCAUUGGAAGACUCCACUUCUACCAUUUGAAAUAACCCUUAUAACCAAACAACUCCCAAAUUAGUCAUCUCUCCUCCAUUUCCUUUCCGGCUUUCCCCCUUCAAUUUCCCUCUCUUCCCCUACUGCACCGCCAAAUAGUCACAAAAUUCUUACCAAAAUGGAGCCCGACGGCAGCAUCCUAGAUUCGAUCGGCCAAGAAAUCAUAGGCGUAAUGUCCCCAGUUUCCAUCUGCAUGUUCCUUGUAGUCCUGCUUGUCUACUCCCUCUACAAUCCCGCCACCGCCACUACCAUCAGGACCGCCGCCAAUUUGGUCUACAUGGAGUCACCCACCGAUUCUACCGCACAAAAACUUGAGGGUUCUCUCUUAAACGCCGCCGUUUUCAUUAUCCUAAUAGCCCUUGUGACUUUCCUUCUUGUUUUCCUUUACUACUAUAAGUUCACUAAAUUUCUCGUGCAUUACACGCGCUUUUCCGCCUUUGCUGUUUUUUCGUCUAUGGGAGGGUCCGUUCUGCUUUCAUUCAUUCAGCAUUUUAAUUUUCCUGUUGAUGUUGUUACGUUCUGUGUUUUGCAUUUUAAUUUUACGAUUGUGGGUACUCUUUGUGUUUUGUCGAGUGGCGGACCGAUUGUGUUGAAGCAGAGUUAUAUGGUGGCUUUGGGGAUUAUCGUGGCGGCGUGGUUUACCAAGUUGCCUGAAUGGACUACUUGGGUUUUGUUGGUGGCGCUGGCUAUUUAUGAUUUGGUGGCGGUUUUGGCGCCUGGUGGCCCAUUAAAAUUGUUGGUGGAGUUGGCAGCGAGUCGGGAUGAAGAGUUGCCAGCUUUGAUAUAUGAGGCAAGACCGACUGUGGAUAUGGGAAGGUCAGGUGUUAGGGGCUCAAGUUUGGGACUUUUAGUUGGUGGGGUUACGGGAAAUAAUAGUGGAAGUAAUGGUGGUGCGGUUGAGUUGCGGGUAAUGUUGAGGAAUAAUAAUAAUAAUCAUAAUAAUAAUAAUAAUUGGGAUGCGGAGUCCAUAAUCAAUGUGUUGGAAAAUGAAAGUAGCGAGAUUGAAGAGGUGAGAGAGGAUGUAGGAGAGAGCUCUCCUUUGAUCGGUGGUGGUAGUUUAAUGGAAAGGCUAUCAACCCAAAGUGAGAGGACAAACAAUGGCGGAUCUAGAGAGAAUGAGAGUCAGGGGGAGGAUAUGGCUGGAACAGGUUUAAGGGGAUUGAAGCUUGGCCUUGGGGAUUUUGUUUUCUAUAGUGUGUUGGUGGGUAGGGCAGCGAUGUAUGAUUUGAUGACUGUUUACGCUUGUUAUCUCGUGAUUAUAUCAGGACUUGGAUGUACUCUCAUAUUGUUGGCAGUUUGUCGGCAUGCGCUGCCUGCACUUCCCAUAUCAAUUACUUUGGGAAUCUUGUUUUACUUUUUGACGAGACUACUAAUGGAACCGUUUGUUGUUGGGACUUCUACUAGCCUGGUGAUGUUUUAAUCCCUGUUGCUUCAUUCUGUGGAACAAAUGGAUUUUGCUGAUUGUAAUAUUGCUCAUGACCUUAAAGAUCAGGAUUAACUUUUUUGACGAGAUACUAAUUUCCCCGGGACAAAACUUGUAUUGGAACCACUAGUGAAUACUUGUGUAUUUUCAGGAUCUGUUCAUUGUUGAUUGAAAGUGAUUGUUGUUGCUGGCUGUGAUCCUGAAGAGAUAUGUUACUUUACUUGUAACUCAAUGCUAUGAAGUGUAAAUAAAAUAGAGUUUCAUUUUUCCUGCUCGAUUAUUAGAUUUGAUUAAUGUGGUCUCUUCUUUCUGAUUAUGCUGUUAAAGAAAACUUAUGUAGUUUUAGAAAGAUACGACUUAAGGAGAUAUCACUCCUUUGGUGGCAAUGCUGCCAAGGAAACUAACUCUUCCCUAUGAAGGAAGCUUUUCUAUGUCACACAUGGAUAUAAGUUAAAAAAAAAAAAAAACCAUUUAUAUAUAGAAAGCAAAAGAAAUUUGUGAUCUCAUUAAGAGAGUAACUUUCAGCUUGAAGAACUGAAAAUGUGAGGCCUUAAACGGAGAAAACUUCUUCAUAACUACUGUUUUCCUUUUGCCAUAGAGAACUUCAGAUGUAAGCUAUGUAUGACUGAAUCUGACUUGUGAUUUUGUAUAGUUUGAUAUGGAUAUUCUUUUCUUCUUCUUUGUCACAAUUUUCAUUUUCUGCAAAUUUGUUAUAUUUUUGCAAUCUAAUUACUCUUCAUAUCAACAGAAUAUGACUUAUACAUGUAUCUUCUUUUAUAAUUCUUUUUCAUGCAUGUCUGAGAGAUUUGAAAUCACUGUGGAAGCACAACAGUUGUGAAAUAUUUUACAGCGCUCACAUAAGACAAGUGUUUGAAAAUGUUGCAUUAACUCUGAACCUAGGUUUAUGAUCAUGUUGCAGGGAAGACUCUGCAAUGAUUUCCAGUAUGCACGGAGUUAAGAAAUUUAUGACCAUUGUUGUUUGCUUAUAGUGAUUAGGAAAUGCACUUAGAGCAUGUUUAGCUAAGCUUUAAAAAUAAAAGGUAGAAAUUACCUUUUUUUUGGUUAUUUUUCCUUUUUCCUACUCCUCACUGCUUGCUUCAUACUUGUAAGAACUUUUUAAUCUUAGCCAAACAUGCUCUUAGAGUCUUAGUGAUGCAGGAUUUAUGUGCUCAGUUUCGAGCUUUAGAUACAUACUGUUAAAAUGAUGUCAAUGAUGAUCCUGGUUGAUGUGUUGGGACUUGGGAGUGCUUCAUUUAGAAUCUGAACGUAGUUAUUUUUCAGUUGUUAACAUAUAUACAGCUAUGCUGUCACGUCGCUCUGUUAUAUUUUGCAUCUGAUUUUGUAAAGGCAUGCUUCUGUCUUCAAUAAUUUGAGCAUAUGAACACGACGGAUCUGAUUGAAAUUAAUUUCAAUGCGUUUACUUUUCCUGGACACAUGAAAAUCAACCCUUGAAUUAAUGUUCGUUCCUUUGCGGAUUUGGAAGAUACCAUCCAGUGUAAUGUUGGAGGAAACCAGUUAAUUGCACAGGUGUGUGAAUAUAUCCUUCUGCAUUAUUUGUUUCACAAACAUUUGACAAGUUUUUAUGCAGUGCUAUUCGUGUUGUUGGAGCCAGGCUGUUCAGACAGCAAUAAGAUUUGACGAGGGUGAAAAUCAUAGGUAUGUUACACCCCGUGCUCUUGUGCUGUAUUGGAAAUCCUUUUUUACUAUAAAUUACUGUUUGUGAAGUUUGUUCCUCUUUAGUUAAUCUAUUUUUUUUCAUUCUCCCUUGUGGCAUUCUGCUGCUGCAUUUGGAUUUCGUGCUAAACAUACUUCGAAUGUAAACAUUUGUUUUCAUGCAAAACUCCUCUGGCUCUGGCCAUGAAGGUUCUUUUCAGGUUUCAUUUUGUACUUUUUUAUGUCCUUGCACAAGAUGAAGAUCAACAGUGAGUUUCUUUUUUCUCUCUUGAUUCUUUAGUCUCUCCCUUCCCAACAAGCUUUUUAAUAUUAUCAUACUAACACAUAUAUAUGUUUGUGUGAGAGAUUGAUUGAUCAUAGGUAAUCGGUUUACUGAUGUUUCAUUAGUCAGGCAUGUCUUGUAGGGCCCACAGUGGAAUUCACAUGCUUGUCCAGGUGGAAGAUUAUGUACUCGUGUGGAAGAUACUUAUUUUCAACUACGCAUUCUUCAAAAAAUAAAUAAGCCCUCGUUUGGCCCCCAUUUUUAGUAAUGAAAAUGUGAAGAAUAGUGCUUUGUUAAAAAAUGAGUGGUUGAAAAAGAAGGAAAAUUUUUCGA